AUGAUCUCCGAGAGAAUAGGAAACAAUUCACUAUGGUUCUCCGUUCGAUCGGCAUUCGUUCGGAAACCGCUUAUCUGUAAUGAGUUCCUGCCGAUUGACAUGUUCACAGAACUUUGCCCAGAGCGUAUCGUUUCCGAUUGCGAUAAUGACGUGUCCAUCCGCAGAGACAAACGCUUCAAACGGUGUAAUUGCGGGGUGUCUUGCCCCCAAGGGUUUAGGCGGUUCGCCCGUAGCAAAAUAGCGGACAACGGCGUUUUCCAAGACAGCAACAAGACUAUCUAACAUGGCAACAUCGACAAACUGUCCACUCCCUGUCCGAUUCCGAUGGUGCAAUGCGGAAAGGACACCGAUUGUCGUGAAGAGGGCAGCCGUGAUGUCGCUA